ACAGAGGCACCUUACACUGGAGGCUUUUUUCCUUUCCUUUCCUUUCCUUUCCUUUCCUUUUCUUUUCUUUUCUUUUCUUUUCUUUUCUUCUCUUUUCUUUUUUUUGCAAGUGCGACCUGAGCAAAGGAGGGGCUUCAAAGAAAAAGAAAAAUGACAUAGCGACGAAGGGAGGGGGUGCAAGAAGAAAAGCGAUUCACCUUUACACGCUGCCCGCCCCCGUCAGUGGGGGCUUUGCCACAGUCUUAACCAGGACGAAAAAAACCCCGCUGAAGUGCCAGUCGUAAAAUUGGGAAGCGCAUUUUAAACGACUGUGUGAAUAUUUGGGACUCACCCCUUCCUGCUCAGACCCCUCCCACGGAAACAGCUGUAUUUAUUUAAUGUUACUCGCUGGAGCAAGUUCCACCUCCUUGGAGUUGAAGAUUCCUCAUUUUCAGGGGUCUCUUGGAGGAAUCGGGAGCUGGCCCCCUGUUUCUCUCUUGUGGGAAGGACAGAAGAGUGACUUGAGAGUUGGAGGCUGUUAGAAGUGUUAUAUAUCUGUUGGGAAACUGAGGCACUGGUCUCUUGUCCUCAUAGGACCCCAGAGAGGCAUUUGCAACCAUCUGCAGGUUUCCCAGACAGGGAAGAUCUUGUCUUGGUGGAGAGAUCAGGGUGCCACAAAGCUGAUGGCGGACAGAGAGGUGCCCAGGACGGGAUUCAGCCUGCAGUUGCAAGCUGCUUUGGAGAAAUGGAUGCAGCCAGGAUUCAAAAGACAGGAUCCGGGACGAGUGGUCUCCAAAGCAGGCGAGGAAUUGGGAGAAGACAGAAAAGCCUAUAGAGGGAUUGAGGGAAUGGAGCAACUGGUGAAACAGGAGCCAGACCUGCUCUCUCAGCAGUGGGAAGCCCAGUGGCAGGACUUCUUGAAGAUGGCUGAAUCCCAGCAGCCCUGGGGGGUUGUGUCACUGGCCCAGGAGGAGCCCUCGCCAUGGGAUGAUGCCAAGGCCUUCCUGGCCUCCUUUGAGCGGGUAGCCGAGGCCUGCCAGUGGCCCAGGGAGGAGUGGGCCUCCCAGCUGCUGCCUGCCCUCCGAGGAGAAGCCGAGCAAGCUUAUCGCGGGCUGGCAAGGCCGGACCGAGAGGAUUAUUGGAAAGUGAAGGCGGCCAUCUUGCACAGGGAUGCCCUGAGCCGGGAGAAGCAGCGCCAGCACUUCCGGCAUUUCUGCUACCAGGAGGCCGAGGGCCCGCGGGGGGCCUACAGCCAGCUGCAGGCGCUUUGCCACCAGUGGCUGAAGGUUGAGCACCACUCCAAGGAGCAGAUCCUGGAAUUGCUGAUCCUGGAGCAGUUCUUGGCCAUCCUGCCUCCUGAUAUCCAGAGCUGGGUCCGAGGAAAUAGCCCAGAGUCCUGCCCUCAGGCGGUGGCCCUGGCCGAGGAUUUUCUGCAAAUGCAAGAGGAAGCUCAACAUCAGGAGCAGCAGAUAUUCAAGGAAGUGAGGGAUGCUGCAGAGGAUUGUGGGAAGGGACAACUGUUCAGGGAGGCUAAUCAUGAGGGGAACAUUGGAGAUCCUGGUGAAGCGGGUAGAUGCAGUGACAAGAUGGAGAAAUAUGCACUGGAGAAUUCUGGGCCCGUAGCAUCACAUGAGACGCUCACUGGGAGAACAGAAGAGCAAGUGGCUCAAUUUGGUGAGCAGGAAAACCUUUCCCAAAGUCAAGACAGACUAAUUUGGCAGCAGAAAUUUCUUCCCAAGGAGAUGAGUGAUAGUGCCGUUCCUUGUAGAGGAAGUUACCGGGAGCUCAGCCACCCCAAAAUGCCCACUGGUAAGAAAUACAGCACCUCCAGUGUUAUUGCAAGGAGUUUCUACCAUAAAUCAAACUUCAUUAAACAAAAGAAGAUCCACACAGGAGAAAAAACAUACAGCUGUUUGAAUUGUGGGCGGAGAUUCAGUCGUAGGUCAAAUCUUAAGCGUCACGAAAGCAUCCACACGGGGGAGAGACCCCACGAGUGCUUGGAUUGUGGAAAAAAGUUCACUCGGAAGUCUUACCUCAUUAAACAUAGUACUGUUCAUGCAUAUGGAGCAUCAACGUAGGAAGAACAGCUGGCAGGAAAAGACGGGUGCAUAGAAAGUCUGUACCGUGGAUAAAGGAGUUGAAAACGAUGGAUUUGAUUGUCAUUCAGAUCUUCAUUAUUCUCAGGGAACAUAUGUUGCGGCUGAGUUGGGAAUCCCGGGGAAUACUAGGACCACAGGGAAAUGUUAAUCUAGAAAUACGUCAUGUAAGAGGAUUCCUCCAGAGCGCCAUAAAGUGUGAGCAAAUUUCUUUUGGGAGCGCGUAAUACACAAGAGAGAGAGAGCUCACACGAACCAUGAACAGAUUCUAUUCCAUUCCCACCUCACUUCUUCUCGAGUCACAGGAUGUCAUCUUUUUGUUGCAACUUUGGGUAAUAGCUUUGUUAUUGCAAAGUUUUAAUUUUGGGAUAUUUAAUCUUUUAAAACUUGAGUGAAGCAAUAUAUGCAGAAGCUUAAACCUGAAAGUUUACUUGGUGGGCUGAAGUGUUUCUGUAUAACAGCAAGAAAAUCUUAACUAUAACUAUGAGACAGUAUACACUUGGAAUUCCAUCAGCAUAUAAUUCCAGGAGUGACAGCUGGCAGAUAGAGGGGAGAGGGAAGCUGUUCCAUGGAGAACAGAAACAUUCCAGCAUCAAUCUGCUGCAUGAUCCAAAUUCACUCAUAUUAACCUGUGUGCACUAGUUACUUCCAAGAUGAUUUAGGGAGCAAAAGUUUGCCCCCAGAGCCAUACGUUCACUUUUACAGUUCUUCCUUGGUUGCUUGGUCUAUUUUAUUCAAUUGAUAAGAUCACCCCGCUCCUCAAGUGACUCUGAGUGGUUCAUAGCAUGCAAAGAAUAACAUGCAAAGAAUAACAAUCCAGGAAAGGAAAAAAUUACAGAAGAAAACACAUCUGAAUAUCUGUAGUGCCAGGAUCAAACCUCACCAGAAAUAUAUUAAUACCCUGACAGCUCAAGGGCCAUUCUGCCCAACGUCUGAGGGAAGAACCAGGUUUUCAGUGUUUUUCUAAAGGCCAGCAGAGCUGGAACCAUCUGGGUCUUGAGGAUGGUCCUCCAUAGAAGAGGCUUCUUGAAGAAGGAGAUCCAACCAGAACUUGAGGAAUGAUUGUUCUUCAUCCUGUAGCCUUCGGAAAGACAGUAGUUUGACGAGCUGCAGAACCAUCAACUGGGUAUUUAUGGGCCAAAUCAUAAUCUGUCCAACUCUAAUUCUCAAUCUAUCACCUCCUCCCACUUUCUACUAUUCCUGUCAGCAGUUUAGAGAGAAAGCUACUACCUGGUUUUUGCCUUUCUCCGUCUAUCUGUUCAGAGCCUGCUAGAUGUAAUCAGCAUUUCUCUCACUUUUUUUCAUACACAGGUAUUAAAAUAAAUGCUUGCAGUCUUUAAUUCAAAUCUGUUUUGAGUAAUUAUCACCCCUCUUUAGAAUAGUUAUUCCCCUUUUUUGUAGGAAAGCGUGGUAUAUUUCUGCUGUGUGUGCAGUACACCUGAAAAAUUCCUUUUAUUCCUUGUGGGGGUUCACAUAAGUGUGUGAAAAGACAGUGCACAAUUACCAGUUUCAAAUCAAAAAGCAGGAAACUCUGAACCUUCUUCUGCUCACAAAGCUACC